AGCCGCAGCUACGUGUUCGGGACUUGCAGAAGCAUCUCAACGACACCGCGCUCAAGCCUUACAUGGAAGAGGGUGCGCGGGGAAUCUCCCUCGACACGGUGCACAGAUGGCUGCAAGACUUGGGCUUCCGUUGGCGGCGACACCAAAAGUGUGUCUACGCAGACGGUCACAACCGCCCCGACAACAUCAGAAGGAGGAUGGGUUACGUGACGGAGAUGCAGGAGCACCAGAAGCGUACAGUCAAGCUCGCAAAGAUCGGUGAGGGCCCGGAAGCCGAGGAGGUUGCUCUUUGGCCUGCGGUGUUCGAGAGUGCGGGGGGCGAUCCUCUGGGGGAAGGGAGCACAUGGAUGCACGUUCAGCUCGAAGGCGAGUGCGGCUGGGAGAAGCAGCAUAACCUCAGGACGAGCGGAAAGCUCGACGAGCUUCCGGUCGACGAGAGACUCGAGCUGUGGUGCACGGAGCGGUAGCGUGUUCCAGCCCAACCGCUGCC